UCAAAUUUAGUCGGAAUAACAAUGUUAUUUUUGUCGAUUUUUAUAUUUCUACAAUUAUUUUGUCUCAUAAAUUGCAAAGGUCCGUCCCUGUACUGUCCCCCUGAAUGGGUAGUUCAUGGGAGCGGUGACAUUCCUGAGGACGCGGAAAUGUGCAGUCUUGGUGGGGGAGAGUAUAUCGGGAGGACAUUUCAGAACGGGGAGUGGGUUGCAGCUCGUAUCAUCCCGUCCCUCGGAAUGGCCUACACCCCCGUGGGAAACACCGUAGUGGAAACGGAAGCCUACCAAACGCUUAUCUUCCCCCCUUACUGCAUCACAAAAUGGGUCCCCUCCCCCCUCAUCAGUACCCUUUCCCACACCGCCGUCUCCGUUAACGACCCCUCCCGAACCAACUUCAUCGGCCGCGUGGAGGCCACCCACGUGUCGCCCGACGAAGGUCAAGCAUUCUGCGGAAAUACCGAAAUCACCUCAAAUUCCUUGCAUUACAUAUCCCCCUCCCUACAAACUAUCCGAAGUACCCCCCACUUCGAAAUCCUGACCAGUUCGAAACCCCCCCUCCACGCAAUCCUGCACGGAUUCACCUUCAAUCUCCAAUUCCUUACGAACACUUCCCUAAAAAACGAGCUUAUCCAUUCGGAAACCUUGGAACUUAACGGAAUCCUGGGAACUUCCCGGUUUAACGUGACCCACUCCAAGAUAACCUCGGAAGAAUUCAUCUUAUCCGAAAACGGUCUCGAUUUCACCGGACUUUCCCACGUGGACGUGUCCUUCCACAAUUUCAAUGGCGGGGACGCCGUUCACUUCCACGUGGACGAAGUGCGCGACUGGGAGGUGCGGAUUGUUGCGAAAAUUCCGCGAAAAAUUGAGGCCUCCGCGAGCUACGAGAUAACCCGGGUUGGCGCGCAGACCUUGGCGUUGGUCCAGGCCUGUUCGACCGUCGGGAUUUUGCAGGAUGUCGAAAUCCCGUACACGGCGGAGGUGUGGUAUUGGUCCCCUGGGUUGGACGCGGGGCAGGUGGAGGUCAUGUUGGACGAGGUGGGACGGACCUACGUGGGGAGGGAGGAGGAUUGUUACGUCGUCGGGGAAAUUGCGGGGGGGUUAAGUGGAAGAUUAGUUUUUGGAACGAGGAUUAAUUUUGCACAGCCAAACGUGGAUUUUCCGUGUGCGCAAUUUAUGAGCUAGUAAAGGUUAAGGAAACAACGAGAUACGUUAUGAAAUCGGUGAUUAAUUAACCUCUUUAAUGUUUUUAAAAAAUCCUGCCAAAAUUUGCAUGAAGUUAAAGACGAACAAUGUUCUUUUUUCACUCAACACAACUAAUAAUGGAGGUCUCGCAACGUAUGCUAUCCGAUUUUCGCGAAAUCAGUGUCAAUCGAUCGCAAAUAUAAUUAGUAUGAAAUUUGCAAAUGGCACUAUGAGCAAGUUCAGCGGAGAUAUUUGCAUAAAACGCGCAAUAAAUUAGGAAAGUUUAAAACUUGUCGACCUCGUUUUAUCCACUUUUUAUGCAAAUAAAUAUCUACGCCAAACUGCGUAUUGGCAGAUCGUAUCAUUUGCAUAUUUCAUACUAUUUAAAUUUGCGAUCGAUUGACACCAAUUUGGUCCAAAUCGGUGAGUCAACGUUGGGAGACGUCCAUUGUAAAUAUAGGUUUCUUUUAUUUUAAAAAUUGACACGGUAAAUACAAACCAUGUUAUUUAUUUCGGAUACAAUAGACAAUUAGUUAUAUGUACAUAUGCCAGUUAAUUAGUAACUAUUUAUUAUUUAUAGUAGCCAGAUUUGUCUCACACUUUUGACCAGGGUUCGCUACCCCGGGUUUUUGUGGGUUGGGGUUUUUGGGGUUUUUGUGGGUUUUUGGGGUU